AUGACCAAGUUCCUUCUUCCAACCCUUCUUCUCACUCUAUUUCUGAACCUCGCAAUUUCACUUCCCCUUCACAAACGUGCUGCAUGUUCCUCCGCUGUCCAAAAUUUCGUCAACGGCAUAAACGAUAAUAUUACUGUCCAAAAACAAGAACAAGCUCAAACGAAAGUCAUUCAACAAGAGCUAGCUCAGGCGACUCCAGACCAGGAUGAUUUCCAGAGCUCGAAAUCGAAGUUGAUCACCAUUGUGAACCAAGGAAUCUCCAUCCGAACCAAUAACCAGAAAAUUGCGCCAAGUGGAAACGCAGCUAUCGCGGGUUUGGCUACAGUAGCAAAGGCUCAACAAGGAGAGCUGAAGCUGGCCCAGGGAUUGACGGGAAACCCUACCACAGAUAAUCCGAAUCUGUCAAAGUUGCAAACGAUGUUUUCGGGAGGCAUACAGCAGAACCAACAGAAUGCUAAAGAUUGA